AUAAUGUGCAGAACAGUUCACUAUCACGAACGAGGCUGGGUGAGUAAGUCACGAAGGCCUGCAUGAUCCCUCCUGACUAGAAUGCGAUUUCUACUGGAAUUUGCACUGACUUAAAGAGAGGUUUUCCAUUCUCGGGAUAACAAUAAAAUCGUGCAGAAACAUGCCUGAGAAUAACAACCAGCAGCGCCAGGUUGAGGAGGAGGCAGAGGAGGUGAAGGUCAUCAUGAUGGACAACAUGGAGAAGACUGAGGAACGCAAGGAGAAACUGCAGGACCUUGACGAAAGGGCUGGGGAACUGAAGAGCAAGUCCUUCCACAAGACCGCAACGAAGGUGCAGAAGCAGAUGAAAUGUGACAACGUCAAGGCCUCCUGGAAGCUCAUUGCUGUUGUUGGAGCCAUGGCCGCGAUUAUCAUUAUAGUUGCCAUCAUUAUGUGGGUCAACAAAAAAUCGAGCCCUGAAAUCACGCAUGAAAGAGUCAUUACCCCAAUGCAUGAAAAUGGCAUUACACCAACAACCAAUGGGCCUGGGAUAUAGGCUAAACCAGGACCAAUAUGGCUGAAGAGGAAACAAAUAGUGGACACUAAUCGAAAGAUACUACUAUCGAAAAUUCUGGAGUCGAUGCUUUACUUGUCCUCAUACACCUAUAGGAUACUCCUACUUAUGCAUCAGAGAAGCGAUAAUGUGUUAGGUGCAAAACUCAAAUAAUCCCAUUAUUCAGAAUAUUUUUGUAUUACUAAUUUAUGAUGCAUUACUGGACUUCUUGGGAUACAUUCUAUUUCUUUUUUCUUUAUUCAACAAGGCAAGUCAGUUAAACUCAAAUUCUUAUUUUCAAUGACGGCCUAGGAACAGUGGGUUAACUGCCUUGUUCAGGGGCAGAACGACCAAUUUUUACCUUGUUAGCUUGGGGAUUUGAGCCUUUCGGUUACUAGUCCAACUCGCUAACCGCUAGGCUACCUGCCACCCCCCACAAUUAAGGUUAACCUGAAUAACCUCACAUAUUCAAUGGUACAAUUAAGUUACCAAAUAGUUAUGUCCAGACAUAAAUGUGUUUUAAGAUAUUGGCUAUUAUUUUUACUGGAUGUACGCACCAUUUUCUCUCGGUCAUUCUUGAAGAUUCCUUAUCGGCUAGUCGAACAAACAAGAAUUGCCAUAUAUUAACAUUCAACACAAUUCUCUUAAAAAGAGACUAAAGUCCUCAUAAUAAUGCAUUUUGAAAAAUGUUACAUUUGAUUUAUAGUCACAUUAAAUAAUUGACAACAGCAAUAAUACUUUUUUGUUGCUGUAAGCUAUGGAGUUGUCACCCUUUUGUCACUUUUAAAACAGUCGGCAGGAACUCCCCAAUAGACAGCUGUCUUGUUCUUUUAAAACAGUCGGCUGGAACUCCCCAAUAGACAGCUGUCUUGUUCUUUUAAAACAGU